CAUGGCCGCUAUGAUGUCCCUCAACGCCGUGGCUCCGGCCAAGCUGUCCUCCAAGAUGUCCACCGGCAUCACGGCCAAGGCCCCGGUCGCCGCCAAGGCCCCGGUCUCCACCGUCGUGAAGGCGUCCGCGAAGGACGCCGCGGCCAAGUCCGCCGCCGUCGCGGCGGCGGUGGCGGUCGCCGUCGCGGCGCCCAUGGUGGUCGCCCCCGAGGAGGCGUUCGCGCGCGACGUCGCCCCGUACGCCGGCCUCACCCCGUGCAAGAAGAACGCCGCGUUCAAGAAGCGCGAGAAGCAGGAGAUCAAGGCGCUCGAGAAGCGCCUGAAGAAGUACGAGGAGGGCUCCGCCCCCGCGCUCGCGCUCAAGGCGACGCAGGACAAGACGAGCGCGCGGUUCAAGGCGUACGGCGAAGCCGGUCUCCUGUGCGGCGCGGACGGCCUCCCGCACCUCAUCGUCGACGGCAACCUCGAGCACCUCGGCGAGUUCGCGAUCCCGGGCCUCGGUUUCCUCUACGUCGCGGGCUGGAUCGGCUACGCCGGCCGCUCGUACGUCAUGCUCAACAAGGAGCAGUCGAAGAAGCCGACGGAGGGCGAGAUCAUCAUCGACGUGCCGAUGGCGCUGGGCCUGAUGAUGGCCGCCGGGGCGUGGCCCGUGAAGGCUUUCUUCGAGCUCAAGAACGGGACGCUCACCGCGCCCGCGUCUGAGAUCACCGUCUCUCCCCGUUAAUUAAGAAGUCGAAGUUCGAGGGAGUUCUUCGAAGGUCUUCGAAGGUCUGCGACGACUGGCGGCGCGGCGCGGCGCGGCGGGAAAAAGACGCGGAAGGCGCCGGCGGCUCGGCGACGGCGUCGCGUCUUCGAGGAGCGAGGGGAAGUCGCGGGAGGUGUGUGUGGUGCGCGGGCGUCAGUACGGUGGCGUCGCGCGGCGUGUUCGGCGGCACGCGCGAGGAGCGCGUGCGUCGAUGGUUCUUUAGUGACGGAGACGAUAGGUAGUCUCUGUAAUCGACAACAACAGACAAAUAAACACAUG